GGAUCUUCAAGAAUGAGACCCCAGUGAGAUCCUGGGACCUAUUCUGCAAAUAUACACAGAAGCUUCAUUAGCAGCUCUGUAAUGGAAAUGGAGAUUUUCACUCCUUCCCUUUACUUCCCCAACGUUUCCACUGCUGCCACAUUGACUGACAAGGAAUUUCAUGACAGAAGUUUUGACUUGUUUCAAAUAAUUGCCAUAACGAUUCAUAGCAUAAUAUGCAUUCUAGGAAUUGUGGGCAAUGGGCUGGUCAUCUGGAUUAUCGGAUUUAAAAUGGAAAAGACAGCUACUCUUAUUUGGUUUCUGAACUUGGGGAUUUCGGAUUUUUCUUUUUGUUUGUUUCUUUCUUUCUCAAUGCUACAAGGUGCACUGCCAUAUAAUUGGCUCUUAGGUUGGAUUAUGUGCAAGACUUGGGCUUUUAACCUAUAUCUCAACCUCUCUACAAGUGUAUUAUUUUUAUUGAUAAUCAGCAUUGACCGUUGUAUCUGUGUUCUGUAUCCAAUAUGGGCAAAAAUCCAUAGAACUGCAAGAUUAGCCUCAGUCACCUCUGUAAUUAUCUGGAUCAUAUCCGUGGCUCUUAACUUCCCAUACUUUAUUAUCCAUGACUAUAGAGAAUAUGAAAACUGGCCUUCUUGUUCCCCUGAAUUUGAUAGAGAGACUAGGAUUCGGAAUUACAAAGCUAUGAUUAUGACAAAAUUCGUAUCAAUGUUCUUAAUCCCCUUUUCAAUCAUGUUGGUUUGCUAUGGGCUCAUUGCAUUCCGGGUGAAAAGCAGCAGAAUCCCUGGGUCUGGUCGAACCUUAAAAAUUAUAUUUACUAUUGUUAUUUGUUUCUUUUUUUGCUGGAUUCCUUUCCAUAUAAUCCACAUGAUCGAUUAUGCAGAUAUUGACAUAGGGUAUCCUUGUAGUGCAAUCUUUUAUACCCUUGCAGAGUCCUUAGCUUUCUUUAACAGUUGUCUUAAUCCAAUCAUCUAUGUCUUCAUUGGCCGGGACUUUAAGAAGAGUUUAAGAAAGUCAAUUCUAUUUCUCCUGGAAAGCACAUUCAGAGAGAGCAAUGACCCCCCCGAAAUGCUCAACAAAAAAGUUUCAGAAACUGAAAAGUUGGCUUCGUGUGUCUAAUCUAGUUUGGGCUUUUCAGGGUUGGACCAAAAAUUUAUUUACUGUAAUUACUGCGCAUAUUCCUUGGGUACAAUUGUUAGUAUUGUUGUGAAUAAAUACUAAUACUCCCCAUGGCCAACUACUCAAAUUGAUUCUUCUUUGUAUAUACUUCUUUUAC